CAGUAAAGAACAAACAUAAUUCUUAAAAUUGUGCAUUGAUCAAAACCAAAUUGGUAACUAUCGCAAAUCACUGAGGUUCACACAAUCUCGGCAACAAUUACACUGGGGAUUGGGUAAUAAUCUAGUAGCAAUAUAAUGUAUACACAAACUUACACGUCCAGCUAAUAAAAGCGAAUCGCUAAGCUGUUGAAAAUUAAUUUGAAUUAGGUUUAACAUAAUACCUAGUCUUACGCGCGCUUACACUGCGCAACACGCAUGCGCGGACAACAUGGCGGACCAUAGGUUUUUUGGAAUUUUACUGUGCUUGUUUAGUUGUUUAUACAGUGGUUUGAGUCAGCUUAAUUUAAGUGAAGGCUCACGAUGCAUAAACAAGAUACACAACGGCACGUGUGUCCGGUUGUUCAGAUGUGGGUCAGCAGUCUUAACAUAUUUAUACCGCAAUGCGGGUUUCCUUGAGGAAAAUCAGCUUCCUGAAAUUCCUGAGAUUUGCUCCAACACUAACAACGAGCCUGUUGUGUGCUGCACCGACUGUUUGUUCAGUGAACGCGACGAGUUCAGACACUCCGCAAUAUCACCUAAUGGAGUUCUAGUCAGUAGACGUGGACGCGUGGCUUGGAAAAAGUGCCUCGAUUACUUCCAAAGAUUGCCCUACCCGUGCCGGGGCAAAGGUAACAUCGAACUCAGAAAGAGUUGGAAUAUGGACGCACAAUGCCAUGACGUCACUUUAAGAGUAGCAGUAAAUAUAGGAGGCCAGGAUCCUCACCCGUGGAAGUUCCCACACCUGGCGUUACUUGGGUACGGCGACCCCGAUUCCGUGCAGUGGCUUUGUGAGGGCACUAUCAUCAGCGAACGAUUCAUUCUCACAGCUGCUCAUUGCACUAACGGCGGUGUAUUUGGUAAUGCGGCAUUCGUAGCGGUGGGUACCCAAAAACAUGUAGACCGCGAGAAACAUUGGAAGAUAUACAAUGUAAAGAGGAUUAUCAAACAUCCUGAAUACAAUGAACCUUCAUGGUACCAUGAUCUGGCUCUCUUGGAGACGGAAUCAGAGAUACGAUUUGACGAGGAAAUCCUCCCGGCAUGUCUGGACGUAGGGAUACGUGAUGCUUCUGUGGCUGAAACAGCCGGCACAUAUGGACCAACCGAAAACCAAACGCAGACGAGACGGACGGGGGACGACCUACAAAUGAUUUACGUAGACAGAUUACAAUGGGUGGACUGUGCGUUCGCUUACAAACCAAGUAACAGCUUGAUGAAGGGGUACGAUCAUAAGAUACAGACUUGCUACGGAACCCAUUCACAGAUGGAUGAUACUUGCAAGGUAAGGCUAGACGUCUCUAUUUUUUUUUGUAGUUUUCUGGUCUACCAAGUUUUACUUAGGCGUCAUAUACUUGAUAAGAAAAAUAUAUGCCUGCAUAGAUAUGUUACCACGACAGAGGUAAUCAAUAUAAAGAAAAAACAGAUAAAAAGGGGUCGGUGGAAAAUGAACAAAAGCUUAAAUGGUACAGCAGUACAAAAUUUUGUAGACAUGCCAUGAUUAGAUUAUAAAUAACGGGGAAGCUCAAUAUAUUAUUAUCUACCAUACAUGCACAGAUGAACCCUGAAAACAUUUUACUUUUUGGGAAGUUGUACCAAAAAGACACACACCACUUUUUUUAAAAUGCUUCCCAUCCUUAAGAUGUUUUUCUUACGUCGCGAUGUAUUCAAGUCAUGAGCACACAGAAAUCCAAGCACAAAACUUGAACCCACUUGUCCUGCGCAAGGCUCAGACUCUUGACAUUUUGCACAAGUGGGUUAGGCGUGAUGACCUAAACCACUCAGAUAUGCCUUUUCCAUUCUUCUUCUUCCGUUCUCGUAAUUGGUACUUGUUAAGAACAUGUUCCUC